AAGUGGGUUGAGCCACYCUCUGUGGUUUUAGUCAAAAUUUGAAAGGGGUCCCCAAGAUUGUUGUAUCUAACCACACCCACUAAUCACCGUUCAAAACACACCCAUACAGUUUUCUUUUUGUUCUUGUUUGUUCUUCUUUAUUUAUAGCCCCUCAGCUUCUCCAACUACUUGGGGUUCUCUCUCCUUCUCUGGUUUUUUUUUCCUUCUUAAUUUUCUCGAACCCGAUCGAGCUCUUGCCCGGUGCCUCUAAUGGAGUCCAAAGAUCACACCCAAGAUGGGACUGUGGACCUCCGUGGCCACCCUGUCCUUGCUUCCAAGACUGGCAAAUGGAAGGCUUGUGCUUUUCUUGUUGGUUAUGAAGCUUUCGAGAGGAUGGCAUUUUAUGGGAUAGCUUCGAAUUUGGUAAAUUAUCUGACCACACAACUUCACGAAGACACCAUUUCGUCAGUAAGAAAUGUGAAUAAUUGGUCAGGAUCAGUGUGGCUUACUCCAAUUCUUGGCGCUUACAUAGCUGAUUCAUUCCUCGGUCGCUUUUGGACUUUCACCUUCUCAUCUCUCAUCUACGUUAUGGGAUUGGUGUUUCUAACAAUGGCAGUCUCAGUAAAGAGCUUGAAACCCACUUGCAACAAUGGCAUCUGCAACAAAGCCACACCCUCACAGAUAACAUUCUUCUACAUAUCUCUUUACACCAUUGCCUUGGGCGCGGGCGGGACGAAGCCGAACAUCUCGACUUUCGGGGCCGACCAGUUCGACGACUUCAAUCCAACGGAGAAGCAGAUGAAGGUCUCCUUCUUCAAUUGGUGGAUGUUCAGUUCCUUCUUGGGCGCUCUCUUUGCCACCCUUGGCCUCGUCUACAUUCAAGAGAACCUUGGUUGGGGCCUCGGCUAUGGCAUUCCCACUGUUGGUCUCCUCUUUUCUUUGUUCAUCUUCUACCUUGGAACUCCCAUUUACAGGCACAAGGUUAGAAGAAGUCCGAGCCCGGCAAGGGACUUGAUUCGGGUCCCGGUGGCUGCCUUUCGCAAUCGAAAGCUCGAGCUUGCAGCGAGCCCGAGUGAGCUUUAUGAGGUGGAGUUGCAGAGUUACACGGCUGCCACCAAGAAAAUGCAAGUUCGACAUACUCCCAUUUUCAGAUUCUUGGACAAAGCUUCAAUCAAAGAUGAGACAAAUCCGUCAAGGCCCCAAUGCACAGUGUCACAGGUGGAAGGAACCAAGCUGAUCUUAGGCAUGGUCAUCAUUUGGGUAGCCACCCUCAUCCCAAGCACCAUUUGGGCUCAAAUCAAUACCCUCUUUGUCAAACAAGGCACCACCUUAAAUAGAACUAUUUCUUCCCAUGGCUUCCAAAUCCCAGCUGCCUCCCUGGGCAGCUUUGUCACCCUCUCUAUGCUCCUCUCUGUUCCGAUGUACGACCGCUAUUUUGUCCCGUUCAUGCGUCGAAAAACUGGAAACCCUAGAGGAAUCACUCUCCUCCAAAGACUAGGCAUUGGCUUCGUCAUCCAGAUUGUUGCCAUCGCCAUUGCCUACGCGGUCGAAGUUCGAAGGAUGCAUGUCAUUCAAACCAACCACAUUGUGCAGCCAAAAGAAGUCGUCCCCAUGAGCAUCCUCUGGCUGUUGCCACAAUACAUCCUCCUUGGCAUUGCAGACGUUUUCAACGCAAUUGGGUUGCUUGAGUUCUUUUACGACCAGUCCCCAGAAGACAUGCAGAGCCUCGGAACUACAUUCUUCACUAGCGGUAUUGGAGUCGGCAACUUCCUCAAUAGCUUUCUUGUCACAGUGGUCGAUAAGAUCAUCGGAGAAAACGGCGGGAAGAGUUGGAUUGGAAACAACUUGAAUGACUCUCACUUGGAUUACUACUAUGCAUUUCUUUUGGUCAUAUCUACACUCAAUUUGGGAGUGUUUCUUUGGGUGUAAAGCAUGUACAUUUACAAGAGGGAAACCACAGAAGUUAAAGAUGGCAUUGAAAGCAAAGGCUUAGAUACUUCUCCUCUUGGGCUACAAGUAUGAUGCGGACUCUUCAGCUAUAUAAGUGCAAGAAAUAGUUGAUGCUUGUACAACAUUAUUUUAUUUAUCUCCCUUGGUGGUAAGGCAAGGCAGCCAUGUAUAUUGUUGAUCUACCAAUGAAAUAUAUAUAAUGAA